AAAACACGUCAGCUGAUCAGCGCCAUAGCCGUGCAAAUGUCACGUGACUGCUUUCAGUCUCACAGUCUGGAGCAGCAUAGCAACAUGGCUGCAGCACGACCACAACCUGUCUACUGGCUGGGUAAAGACACCCUGAGGGUGUCUGCUGCUCUGUUUGCUGAGAACCGUCGACGGCUGUGCAAAGGACUGAAAGCCAAAGACGGAGUGGUCAGUCAGUCGGUGGUGGUGCUGCAGGGUGGAGAGCAGAAGCAGAGGUACUGCACGGACACAGACGUCCUUUUCAGACAGGAGUCUUUCUUCCACUGGGCUUUUGGAGUAACUGAGCCUGACUGUUAUGGCGCCAUUGAUGUGGACUCGGGGAAAUCCAUCCUUUUUGUUCCCAAACUGCCUGAAAGCUAUGCUACUUGGAUGGGAGAGAUCUUUCCUAAAGAGCACUUCAAGGCGAAGUAUGCUGUUGAUGAGGUGCAAUACGCCUGUGAUAUUGUUGAUGUCCUGUCCAACCUGACACCAGCAGUGCUCCUAACACUGCGAGGUCAGAAUACUGAUAUCCCCAAAGCCAUGCUAUCUGGCAUAUUUUUAGCUAUAACUUUCUCUGUAAUCAUGAAGCAUGUGAAACCUGGACAGAAAGAAUAUGAAAUGGAGAGCCUGUUCCAGCACUACUGCUACACCAAGGGAGGGAUGCGUCACACCUCGUACACCUGUAUCUGUGGAACGGGCAAUAAUUCCUCCACUCUCCACUACGGACAUGCUGGUGCACCGAACGACAAGACAAUUUCGGGCGGAGACAUGUGUCUGUUCGACAUGGGCGGAGAGUACUACUGCUACUCCUCAGACAUCACCUGCUCCUUCCCAGCCAACGGCAAGUUUACUCCAGACCAGAGGGCCAUCUAUGAGGCCGUCCUCAAAUCCUCUCGCACCGUCAUGGCUGCCAUCAAACCAGGUGUGAAGUGGACCGACAUGCACCGCAUGGCUGACCGGGUUCACCUAGAGGAGCUUGUGAAGAUCGGCAUCCUGAAUGGCAGCGUGGAGGACAUGUUGAAGGUCCACAUGGGCUCCGUCUUCAUGCCCCACGGCCUGGGACACCUGCUGGGCAUCGAUGUACACGAUGUGGGAGGAUACCCUGAGGGGGUGGAACGUGUGGAUGAGCCUGGACUGAAGAGUCUUCGGAUGGGCCGCCUGGUGCAGGACAGGAUGGUCCUCACCGUGGAGCCCGGCAUAUACUUCAUCAACCACCUGCUGGACCAGGCCCUGGCCAACCCUGCCCAGAGCUGCUUCAUCAACAACCAAGUUCUGGCUCGCUUUCGCGGCUUCGGCGGGGUUCGGAUUGAAGAUGACAUCGCGGUGACAGCUGACGGUAUAGAGCUGCUGACCUGCGUCCCUCGCACUGUGGAGGAGAUCGAAGCUUUCAUGGCCGACACUGGAAAACCCUUCAGCCCCGUCGGCAGCAGUGACAAAUUCUGAUCAGUUUCCUACGAUAAAUAACUCAACGCUGCGAUGUCAUUGAUUCCUGCAGAUCAACAACAAUGAAAAAGUCAUCACUCUCUCUCUCUGAUUUCUCAUUUAUAAAACAGAUACACAAUCAGGAUUUUUAUGAAGCAGUUCAAUUAACACAUAACCAAAAAACAUGAAACGUUUCAUAAAGAACAUUUUAUAAAAUGUACAUUGUUUCACUUCAACUGACAACCUUAAUACCUUAAAAGUGUUCAUUUAUGUGCCUCUGGGAAAAAGACAUUUCAUUUUUAAAUAAUUCUUAUUCUUAUAUGUUCCUUUUUGUAAACAUUGAUUCACAAAUAAAUGCUGUGAAAUUAUUUUAAAUAAACCAUUUUAAUUUCCAACUGU